AUGGGGGCUCCCAGGGCCCAGCAUCCGCCACCUCCCCAGCUGCUGUUCCUAAUUCUGCUGAGCUGUCCCUGGAUUCAGGGUCUGCCCCUGAAGGAGGAGGAGGCACUGCCGGAGCCUGGAAAUGAGACCCCCACCGUAGCCUCUGAGGCCUUGGCAGAGCUGCUCCAUGGAGCCCUGCUGAGGAGAGGCCCAGAAAUGGGCUACCUGCCGGGAUCUGAUCCAGACCCCACACUAGCCACCCCUCCAGCCGGCCAGACUCUUGCAGCACCCUCCCUGCCACGGGCCACUGAGCCGGGCACAGGGCCUCUGACAACAGCCGUAACCCCUAAGGAGGGCAGGGGGGCAGGCCCCACCGCGCCGGAGCUGCUGACCCCGCCCCCAGGAACUACGGCCCCGCCCCUUCCCGGCCCCGCCUCCCCAGGCCCGCCCCUCGGGCCUGAGGGAGGAGAGGAGGAGACCACGACCACCAUCAUCACCACGACAACUGUCACCACGACGGUGACCAGCCCAGUUCUGUGUAAUAACAACAUCUCCGAAGGUGAAGGGCAUGUGGAGUCUCCAGAUUUAGGGAGCGCGGCCAGCCGAACCUUGGGGCUCCUGGACUGCACGUACAGCAUCCAUGUCUACCCUGGCUACGGCAUUGAGAUCCAGGUGCAGACGCUGAACCUGUCUCGGGAGGAGGAACUCCUGGUGCUGGCUGGUGGGGGGUCCCCAGGACUGGCCCCCCGACUCCUGGCUAAUUCCUCCAUGCUGGGAGAAGGACAGGUCCUUCGGAGUCCAACCAACAGGCUGCUCCUGCACUUCCAGAGCCCACGGGUCCCAAGGGGUGGUGGCUUCAGGAUCCACUAUCAGGCCUACCUCUUGAGCUGCGGCUUCCCUCCCCGGCCAGCCCAUGGGGAUGUGAGUGUGACAGACCUUCACCCUGGAGGCACUGCCACCUUCCACUGUGAUUCGGGCUACCAGCUGCAGGGUGAGGAGACCCUCAUCUGCCUCAAUGGUACCCGGCCAGCCUGGAGCAGUGAACCCCCCAGCUGCAUGGCAUCCUGUGGUGGCACCAUCCACAACGCUACACUUGGCCGCAUCGUGUCCCCUGAGCCUGGGGGAGCUGCAGGGCCCAACCUCACCUGCCGUUGGGUCAUCGAAGCAGCUGAGGGACGCCGGCUGCACCUACACUUUGAGAGAGUCUCCCUGGAUGAGGACAACGACCGGCUGAUGGUGCGCUCAGGGGGCAGUCCCCUAUCCCCGGUGAUCUAUGACUCGGACAUGGAUGAUGUCCCAGAGCGGGGUCUCAUCAGUGAUGCCCAGUCCCUCUAUGUGGAGCUGCUUUCAGAGACACCUGCCAAUCCCCUGCUGCUAAGCCUCCGAUUUGAAGCCUUUGAGGAAGAUCGCUGCUUUGCCCCCUUCCUGGCACAUGGCAAUGUCACCACCACGGACCCUGAAUACCGCCCAGGGGCACUGGCCACCUUCUCGUGCCUCCCAGGAUAUGCCCUGGAGCCCCCUGGCCCCCCCAAUGCCAUCGAAUGUGUGGAUCCCACAGAACCCCACUGGAAUGACACAGAGCCAGCCUGCAAGGCCAUGUGUGGAGGGGAGCUGUCAGAGCCAGCUGGUGUGGUCCUCUCUCCGGAUUGGCCCCAGAGCUAUAGCCCCGGCCAAGACUGCGUGUGGGGUCUGCAUGUCCAGGAAGAGAAGCGCAUCUUGCUUCAAGUUGAGAUCUUGAAUGUGCGAGAAGGGGAUAUGCUGACACUGUUCGAUGGGGACGGUCCCAGUGCCCGAGUCUUGGCCCAGCUGCGAGGGCCUCAACCGCGCCGCCGCCUCCUCUCCUCUGGGCCCGACCUCACGCUGCAGUUCCAGGCACCGCCCGGACCUCCAAACCCGGGCCUGGGCCAGGGUUUCGUGUUGCACUUCAAAGAGGUCCCGAGGAACGACACGUGCCCCGAGCUGCCGCCCCCGGAAUGGGGCUGGAGGACGGCUUCCCACGGGGACCUGAUCCGGGGCACUGUGCUUACUUAUCAGUGCGAGCCUGGCUAUGAGCUGCUUGGGUCGGACAUUCUCACCUGCCAGUGGGACCUGUCCUGGAGCGCAGCGCCGCCCGCCUGCCGAAAGAUCAUGACUUGUGCCGAUCCUGGUGAGAUCACCAACGGGCACCGCACCACCUCAGAUGCUGGCUUUCCUGUUGGCUCCCACGUCCAGUACCGCUGUCUGCCAGGGUACAGCCUGGAGGGGGCGGCCGUGCUCACCUGCUACAGCCGGGACACGGGCACGCCCAAGUGGAGCGACCGGGUCCCCAAGUGCGCCUUGAAGUACGAGCCGUGCCUGAACCCCGGGGUGCCAGAGAACGGCUAUCAGACGUUGUACAAGCAUCACUACCAGGCGGGCGAGUCUCUGCGCUUCUUCUGCUAUGAGGGCUUUGAGCUCAUUGGCGAGGUCACCAUCACCUGUGUGCCCGGCCACCCCUCACAGUGGACCAGCCAGCCCCCACUCUGCAAAGUGGCCUAUGAGGAGCUCCUGGACAACCGAAAACUGGAAGUGAGCCAGACCACCGACCCGUCACGGCAGCUAGAGGGUGGGAACCUCGCCUUGGCCAUUCUGCUGCCCCUAGGCUUGGUCAUCGUCCUCGGCAGUGGCGUUUACAUAUACUACACCAAGCUACAGGGAAAAUCCCUCUUCGGCUUCUCAGGCUCCCAUUCCUACAGCCCCAUCACGGUGGAGUCAGACUUCAGCAAUCCACUGUAUGAAGCUGGGGAUACACGAGAGUAUGAAGUUUCCAUCUGAACACCAAGACUAAGGCUGCAGGACCCAGGACGCCCCUCCUCUCCUCAUUCUGGGCAGGAAGGAGUACAGGACCUGGCCUCUGGCUCCCUUCCUCCCUGCUGUGUAAAUAACCUCCUGGUCCCACGAGGGGGCUUUGAUGGCCCUGGGGACCCUACAGUAAAUAAACCAGCAUCCUGUGCCCAAA